UGGAGGUAGAUUUUGGUUCUGUUUUGGAGAGAUACACAAGAGCACAUAUGGCCCUUCAUGGCAUGCUAAACUAUUUAGACAAGGGCUGGGGAGAAAGCUGCUCGAACUCUCUGCAUGAUAGAUGCAGGCACUGCUGGACAGGAGGAUUUACGUGCUUGCUUAAACCUGGUUCUUGAAGUGUAACAAACAAAAGUAAUCCGGAUGGGUUUCCAAGGGCAGAGGGGCAGAGCCUUCCCUAUGCAGGCUGUCUUGCCUGCCAUUGGUUCGCUCUGUCUGGGAGACAUCCCUAACCGGCAUGCAGAAGGAGGAGGAUCUGUUGGACUGCCUGCCCUUUUUUGUUUUAUUGCUUGCCUAGUUAUCUCUUUGCAGUAGCUCUCAUUAAGGUGGGAAUGUCUGAAAGUUGAUUUUCCCAAGGCUUUUUACACCUUUACUUUACAAGACGAUCAGAUGAAUGGCAGGGAUGAGUUUGUGUGGAAGAAGAGUUACGCUGCCUGUGAUUACUCCAAUAGUUCGGCAGAAAAGGGUAAUUAAAGUAUACAGUGAGGAUGAAACCAGCAGAGCUUUGGAAGUACCCAGUGAUAUAACAGCCAGAGAUUUGUGCCAGCUGCUAAUACUAAAGAAUCAUUACGUUGAUGAUCACAGCUGGACUCUGUUUGAACAGCUCACUAGCUUGGGUUUAGAGAGAAUAAUAGAAGACCAUGAAAUGGUGAUUGAGGUUCAAUCAAAAUGGAGAAUUGAAGAAGGCAAUAGAUUUUAUUUUAGAAAAAAUUAUGCCAAAUAUGAAUUCUUCAAAAAUCCUGAGAAUUUUUUCCCUGAACAUCUGGUGUCUUUCUCAAAUGAAAUCAAUGGAGCAAUGAGCCAAACACAGAUAUUACAGAUGUUUUUAAGUUCCAGUACGUAUCCUGAAAUUCACAGUUAUUUACAUGCUAAAGAGCAAGGGAAAAAAACCUGGAAAAAGAUGUAUUUCUUGUUGCGAAGAUCUGGUCUCUAUUUUUCCACUAAGGGGACAUCAAAGGAGCCGAGGCACCUACAGCUUUUCAGUGAAUUCAGCAGUAGUGACCUAUAUAUGUCGUUCAAGUGCAAAAAGAUAACUGGAGUGCUAACCAGUUUUGGGUUCUGCUUUAAGCCUCACAAAGCAGGAGGAGCCCGAGACCUGAAACAGCUUUAUGCGGAAAGCGAACAAAGUAGGACCUGCUGGAUGACAGCAAUUCGCUUACUUAAGUAUGGAAUGCAGCUAUACCAGAAUUAUAUGUAUCCCUACCAAGGCAGAAGUGGGUGCAGUUCCCUUAACACACCUGUGAGAAGUGUUUCAGAGAAUUGUCUUGUGGCUAUGGACUUCACCGGACAUAAAUCCAGAGUUAUUGAAAAUCCAACAGAAGCCCUUUCGGUUGCAGUUGAAGAAGGGUUGGCAUGGAGGAAGAAAGGGUGCUUAAGAAUUGGUACACACAGUAGUCCUACCACUUUGCAAAAUGGCCCAUCAAAUAUAGCCAUACACAGUUCCCAGCCAUGGUUUCACCAUAAGAUCUCUAGGGAUGAGGCACACCAAUUGAUUUUAAGACAAGGACUGGUGGAUGGAGUAUUCUUGGUACGGGAUAGCCAAAGUAACCCCAAAACCUUUGUUCUGUCAUUGAGUCAUGGAUUAAAAAUAAAGCACUUCCAGAUUCUGCCAUUGGAAGAAGAAGGCAAGCUAUUUUAUUCGCUGGAUGAUGGUCACACCAGAUUUUCUGAUCUUAUUCAACUGGUGGAGUUUUAUCAGCUCAAUAAAGGCAUCCUACCUUGCAAGUUAAAACAUUACUGUGCCCGAAUUGCACUUUAACCUAAACACCAAUAUCUCACCUAAGCCUCAUAGAAGAUAAAGGGAGAGUGUUUGUUUCUCUUGACAAAGCCGUUUUAUAAACAAAGGAGAUAAAAAAGCGAAAGUCUGUGAAUGUAAAUUUCAGCUUGCAAAGAAGAGCUUGCAUUCUCCAUAGAAAAAACAAAACAAAACAAAAUGCAGUAUUUUUGUGUUUAGAGUAACUAAUCAACAGUUGAUCUUCCAAAAAUGACUCUCAAGCUGGAAUUGUGUAACUGUGCAAUGCUGCAAGCCUAGGAAGUAUUUUUCAAAAUGCCAAUAAAUGUCUUUUUCGCUAGUUUCCUGUAUAA